AUGUCAAUGACAUCUGCUGCUAUGUCAAUGGCCUCCACUGCUAUGUCAUUGACAUCUGCUGUUACGCCAACCAACACACACUCUUACGAAGCUUACUGGACUGGCGAUGCGGCGGGGACGUAUGAAUACAGCACCAACAUCACCAUGGAGGAGAUGAACGCGCCCGUCUCCACCCAAGCCAUCCUCUUCGUCACCCUCUCCUUUCCAGCCACCCUCCUCUGCGUUGGACCAAUGAUCUGGCAUUUCCGUCAAGCCAACGUCGCAGCCGGGUCACUCAUCUUAUGGAUGACCCUCCACAACUUCUUCAACUGCAUCAACCCGCUCAUCUGGCCCCGCGACAACCUGACCGAAUGGUGGGAUGGUGCGAUCCUGUGCGACAUCCAGAUCCGGCUCCAGGUCGGCAGCUACGUGGGAUUGACCGCCUCAUUGGCCCUGGUACUACGCAAGCUCGCCCAAGUUAUGGAUACACGCAACAUUACUGUGUCUACCAGCCAUAAGGAUAAAGUCAAACAGAAGAUCUGGGAAGUCUUUUGGUGUUGGGGCGUGCCGUUAGUUCUGAUGGGCAUCUACUACGUCACCCAGUACAAUCGCUACGCCAUCGUCGGUAUUGCUGGGUGUUGGUCUAUCCACGAUGCUUCAUGGCCUAGCAUGGUCAUUAGUUUCAUGUGGUCAGCCGUUGGCAUCGUGAUCGAUUCCUACUGGGCAUCACUACUUAUCUACCGUCUUUACCGAUACCGGCGCGAGUUCCAUCGCAUUGUAGCAGCGCGGAAUACCACAUCCUCGCGCUUCAUCCGCCUCUUCCUGGUCAGCCUAAUCGUCAUAUUCUUCUUCCUCGUCUACACCAUCAUUCUCCUCGUACAAAUGGCUGGGAGACUCACCGACACCUACUCUUGGGAUAGAGUCCAUGAUCCCGAGAGAUGGAGCAUAGUCACAAGGACGCCCGGGCUGGGUAAGAUCAGUAUCGAGAAGUGGGUCCAGAUCGCCACGGGAUUCAUCAUCUUCGGCUUCCUCGGCACGGGUAUCGAUGCAAAAGACCAUUACAGGCGACUGUUGGUCUCCAUGGGAGUUGGCAAGAUAUGGCCUAGCCUAUUGACCAGAUCAGUCAAGAAGAAGAGACCAACCAGUUUCUCCGCUCCUCGUAGUUGGACUACAUACUUUACCGGCAAAGCAAAGAAGAUGUCGUGGUUUGGCGCUUCUGACUCUACAACUUCGACAUCGACGAGCGCGGACUUCAAGAACGAUACCUGGACUGCGUCUACAUACAAUAGCCCCGUGGCUCUCGAUUCGAUCCCCCGCUUACAGAGUGUCACAACGCAAGAUACCUUGGUCUCACAGAAGAACGACGGAGAAAUGUCUUCGCGCACGCACAAGCAUCCUACUUCACCAUCUCCGUCAUCCCCAACACCUCCCCGCCCCACAUUCUUCUCCCGCUACUUCACCCGCCCCUCACUCAACGGACCUCUCUUGCCACUCUUCUCCUACCGCAACAUCACCGAGAUCAACCCCGCCAAACCAUCCAACUCUUCCACCACCACCACAACCACCAUAACCACCGCCGCAUCCACAAACACAAACACAAACCCCCCCAAACCCCCCACCCCCACCCUCCCCUCCGGCGUCCACACCCGCGCCUGGGCCGAAGACAUAUCCUCCUCUCUUCCUUCCGCUGGUAUGAACAAUGAAGGACACGGACACGGAAACGGACAUGGAAGGGGUGUGCAUGUUGUACGCGAAGUGCAUCAGCAGCGGGAUAAGAAGCGGGGAGGUGAGUUUGAGAGGGUGGGGAGGGAGAUGAGGGAGUGGGCUUGA